AGGUGGCUGCAAUGGUGCGCACCAGGAACUCUGAAAUGGUUGAAGCCCUUUACACAAUGAAUAGGGCAUAUUUAUCCUUGCCAGAGGGAACAGCUUCUGUGGUUGGGUUCAUUGCAAUGGUAUCUGAUCAUUAUAAUGCCAUGGAAGGAAGUGAUAAUGAUCAAGAAAGCCAUGAUAUUCCAAAACCAAUUCACAAGCCUAAAAAACGUAGCCAUGGAUUGCUUCAACAAAAUGGAGGUGAAGAACAAUUACAUUCCAGAUUAGUUGUUGGCUCAAGUGGUAGGAGUUUGCCACAACUGAAGAGAAGGGAAUCCGAUGGAUGCACUGUUAGAAAAAAGGACACCCCGAGAGAGGUUGAUGACGUGGCACAUGGUGCUGCAUUGGCACUAACUGAAGCUUCACAAAGAGGAGGCUCUCCACAUGUGUCUCAAUCCCCAUACCACAUGAAGUCCACUCCUUUAAAGGGCAGACAAAAAAUUUUGGAUACAGUGAGAACAAAGCGUCAUGGUAAUUUGAUUGAUGAAGAAUUAUUUGAGGGUAGUUCGGGAAGUGGAGGAGCUGAAAAUGAAGGGUACCAGAAAGGGAGAAAGUUUUAUGGGCAAAAAGAUGAUAAUGACCUUGAUGAUGGUGGGGAAGCGUGUAGUGGCACAGGAGAAGGACUUGCUGUUGGUGUGGGUGGGAAAUUUGAUGAAAAUAUUGAGCACUCAUCACAGGGUAAAAGAAAAAAGAACAAGAAACUUCUAUUCAGAGAUGAAACUUCUGCAUUGGAUGCACUACAAACAUUGGCUGACUUGUCAUUAAUGAUACAAUCAUCAAAAGGCGAUGAUUCACCUGUAUUAAAAGAGGAUAAGCCAGCAACGGGUACAAAUGACAACAACGCCCCUGGAAGACCUGGUUCUACAAGCAACCGGAGACACAAAACCAAAGUGUCAGUUGAGAAAGAGAAAGUAGCAAAUGAGUUCCCUAGAGGUGAAUCUUCUAAAUCAGGAAAGUCUAAAUCAGGAAGGGAAAUAAAAGUUGAUUACAAGGCUUUAUCUGAAGGAAAACAGAAAAGAAAAAACAAGUCCACAUCUUUUGAGGUUUUCAUUGAAGAAGAAAAACCUACAGAUAAACUCUUACAUUCCAAUUCCAAUGCCAAUGCCAAUGCUCCUUUGAAAAAUAGUAAAUCCACAAGACUUGUGGAGUAUUCUUCUUCAAAUAGUAACACUUCAAGAACAGGUGCUGACUCAGCAGUAUCAACAGCAGUGGUUCCAGCUUCUGAUGGAGUGGAAUUGCCAUCCAAAAGACGAAAGAAACGUAAGAUGGAUCGAAAUAUAAUAUCAAAAACAGGGGAAAUGAAGUUGACAAAAGUCAACUCUAAAGAUCAAUUGAAUACAAAGUCUGAAACCCUAGAAAUGGCAAACAACUUGAAGGAAAAGGCUUUUCAUUGCCUCUCAUCAUCUAUGGUGCGUAGAUGGUGUACUUAUGAGUGGUUCUAUAGUGCAAUUGACUAUCCAUGGUUUGCUAAAAGAGAAUUUGUGGAGUAUUUAAACCAUGUUGGAUUAGGGCAUAUUCCAAGAUUAACCAAUGUUGAAUGGGGUGUUAUAAGAAGUUCAUUGGGGAAGCCUAGAAGGUUCUCGGAAAAUUUCUUGCGUGAAGAAAGGGGAAAACUUUGGCAAUAUCGGGAAUCAGUACGUGAACAUUACACGGAGCUUCGAAGUGGGGCCCGGGAAGGACUACCAACUGACCUGGCAAGACCUUUGUCAGUAGGUCAACGUGUGAUUGCUCUUCAUCCAGAAUUAAGAGAAGUUCAUGAUGGAAGUGUGUUAACUGUUGAUAAUGAUAAAUGUAGGGUUCAAUUUGAUCGACCUGAGCUAGGUGUUGCUUUUGUCAAGGAUGUUGAUUGUAUGCCUUUGAAUCUGUUGGAUAACAUGCCUGAAGCUCUGAGGAGAGAGAUGAGUGCACUUUAUAGAUUUUCUAUGAUCUCUGGUGAGCCAAGGUUGCCACAUCAUCAUUCAUUGAUGCAUACUUCAAGUGAGCAUUUCGAACCGGGUCCUACUAUUGCUUUGAUGAAUCACAGACUGGGACAAAAUGGGUCUGGUGCACCUCUUAAAGCUGCAGACAAUGUUGUUAUCUCACAGCAUCAGCAUGCUGCAGCCUCUCAAAUUCAGGCAAGAGAAACCGAUAUACAUGCACUUUCUGAGCUUACUCGUGCUCUUGAUAAAAAGGAAGCAAUAUUGAAGGAGCUUAAGCUUGUUAAUGACAGCUUAUCAAGUCACAAAAACGAGACAGGUGUCCCCAUGAACGUAUCCGAAAGCUUCAAAAAGGAAUACGCAAUGGUCCUAUUACAGCUCAAAGAAGCCAGUGAUCAGGUUGCUUCUGCUCUUGCAAAUUUGAGGCGACGUAACACAUACCCAGGAAUCCCGAUGCCUACGUGGCAAAAGCCUAAUCCCGAUUCCGGACCUGUUGUGGACCCCACGGCUUCUAACCAUGACAACAACUUUCCAUCCAAUAACAAUAAUCAAUUGGCACCUAAUGUGAUUGAGAUUUUGAAAAGUUCAAGAAAUGAAGCACAUAAACUUGUACAUACUGCUUUGCAGGGAAUGUCUAAAAUAAAGGAGGAGCAUAAUAAUAAUGUUAGGUCAAGUGUGGUAGCGGUUUUGGAUUGUCUUGGUGUGGGAAAAAACCCGAGUGAACAUGGGUCAUCAUCAUCUAUCAGAUCUUCAGAGCAAUCCAAUGGGAACAUAUAUAAUAAUAAGCGUGUAACAAAUGAAACUGAAGCAAAAAUCCCGUUUGAUCUUAUUGUGUCUUGUGUUGCUACGUAUCACAUGAUACAGAGUUGUACGGAGAGACAAUACCCACCAGGUGAUGUGGUACAGAUGCUGGAUUCAGCUUUUAGAAAUUUGCAUCCACAAAGCCCUCAAAACCUUGGGAUAUUUAGAGAGAUUGAAAUGUGCAUGGGAAGAGUUAAAACUCAGAUCCUUGCUCUCGUUCCUUCCUAGCCAAUCCAAUCAAUUUUGGACUUGUGUAUCUGGUUAUCAAUUUACUAUUGUUAUUAUUAUUAUUAAAUAUUAUUAUACUCUAUUACUAGUUUACUACACCCAUUCUGUUUCUCUAGCUAAUAAUUACUUCUUGUUUAUACAGAAGAAGCCAAGUUCUGGAUAUAUGUG